AUGGAGGCAUAUUUCCAGUACCAAAGAGUUCAGCAAGCAGUCCAACAGCACCUGUUAGAACUGAAAAAUGAUUGCAGCUGCCCGAGCUACACUGUUGGGUCUCCUCAUAAUACGAACUGUAGAUUGAGCAUCCAUCACGGCACUCCGGGGAAACCACCACCUACGAACUCGACAAUUUCAGGUGACCUGAUUCUUGUGGGCUGGGAAACGCAAAAUGAUCCCUUGAACCCUGUAAAUCAGAGUACUUCGCGAAAGCUCUCCAUUACUGUCUUGGUAUCUUUGAUCGCACUUGCUGUUACUGCCGCCUCAGCGAUUGAUGCUUGUGGUGUCAGGGAGUAUAGCGAGUACUUCCAGGUAUCUGCAGUCGUUGGAUCUCUCGCAACAGGUCUCUUUCUCAUCGGUUUUGCGUUCGGUUCUCUCUUCUCAGGGCCUUUUUCUGAAACCUUUGGCCGCAAUGCGAUAUAUUUAACGACCAUGCUCCUCUUUCUUAUUUUUAUUAUGGCAUCAGGCCUUGCCCCAAAUAUUCAUGGCCACCUUAUUUUUCGCUUUAUUGCUGGCUUUUUUGCUUCGACCCCACUAAGCUGCGCCGGCGGCACGGUUGCAGAUUUAUGGAAUCCGGUAGAGAAGGCCUAUGCUUUUCCUGUCUAUGCCAUACCAGCAUUUGCAGGGCCAAUGAUUGGUCAGCUAAUUGGAAGCUAUGUUCCAACCACAUUAGGCUGGCGUUGGUUGGAGUGGAUAAUGCUUAUCAUGGGCGGCGCAGUUCUGGCUCUGGUCUUCUUAUUUCAACCUGAGACCUAUGGCAAUCUUAUUCUCUUUUGGAAAGCUUCGAUACUUCGAAAGGAAACUGGGGAUGAAAGAUACAGGGCUCCAAUGGAAAUGAAACGGGAGAGCCUAGGCCAGCGUCUGAAGCUCUCUGUGUACCGGCCUUUUGCAAUGUUUUACUCGGAACUGAUUAUCAUUCUAGUCUCGCUCUAUUUGACUAUUAUCUACAUCAUUCUCUUCACUUUCCUAGAGGGCUACACUUAUGUCUUCGGCGAAAUAUAUGGCAUCUCAGAGGGCCUAACCAGUGUUUGCUGGGCUGGUAUGCUAGUUGGGAUCCUGCUUGUUAGCUGCGUGGUGCCAGUGGUUCACAGCUGGACUGCAAAGGCCUAUGCUCGAGAGAAGUCCUCUCCCAUUGCCCCUGAGAUGAGACUCUGGUAUACAAUGCUUGGUGGUGCACCAGCAGUGCCGAUCAGUUUGUUCUGGAUGGGGUGGACCAGCAACCCAGAAAUUUCAAUUUGGUCUCCUCUAGUUGCGUCUGUUCUCUUCGGCUUCGGUAUCACAACUAUUUUUAUUGUUUCGUAUAUGUAUCUCAUUGAUUCAUACGAUACAUAUUCAGCUUCAGCACUUGGGUUCCUCGUGUUCACGCGAUAUGUGGUUGCGGGAGGUAUGACUGUCGCUGGCGGUCCAAUUUAUCAGGCUCUUGGUGUGCAGUAUACACUCACGAUUCUUGGGUCUGUCAGUGCAGUCAUGGCUUUUGUGCCCUAUCUGCUAUACAUCUACGGACCGAGAGUCCGCAAGAACAGCAAAUACGCGGUCAAUAUCAACACGGGGUGA